AUGUGGUUGCACGACGGGUCAACGAAGGAAAGACAGAACGGACAGGCCAGCGGGUACACGAGAUGGUACGUACCGCGUAUGUACGAUGGAAGAGGAAGCGUUGAAGUGGGGUAUGGGGGUAGAGCCAAGGGGAAUGAGAACGAGAAGGAAGCAGCGGGUGGGCGAGAGGGUGGUUGCGAGUUUGGCGGCAGUCGUUUUCCGAGGGAUGUUGGGCGGAAGGUUCCCGCGGGGCCAGUGUUAUCGCCUCGGCAGGAUGACCAGCCCGCGGUAUCAAAUAUUAAACCUACUUGCACCGGCAGCCUAUCCUCGACAAGAAUCGCAUUUGCAUCAUUUUUUUCACCAAACAUUUCCAAACGUAUUAUGUGUAAAAAAGGAACGGCAAGAAUGGCACUGGAUGGUCGCAAAAAUAUGCCAAUGUUUCCUAGAAAAAGGGAAUCGGAUGUAUGUAAUCAUACCGGUUGUCGAUUGCAAGCUGCAGUGGUAGCCACGUUUCGUCAAAGGUAAUAAUUAUAUUACCGAGUGCUCAAAAAUGGGGAAAAUGAAAAUUAACCUGAAAUUACAUGAUCGAGACAUAUUAUUUUUCUAAUUAAUGUAAUAGGUAUAUUUGACAACUCGACACGAUGACAUAGUAUAUCCGCAUAGCACACAAGGGUUGAAACUUCGAGUGGUACACGCAACUAUUCCGUUUCGUGGCAAUCUGUCACUGUCAAAUGACGUUUCACGUUUUCACGGAAACGUUUAAUUAAAUAAAGGAAGAAAAAACAAUUGAUUUCAGGAAUACCGUAUACAGAAUAUUUUAUUAGAAACAAAUUUCAAGUAUUCCUUUUUAAAAUGACAAUAAUACAAUAAAAUAAUAAUGAUACAGAGUAUAAUUCACAAAUUUAAAAAAAAAUUUUAAUAACAAUCUAUUGAAUAUCAUUUUUAAUGUGAAAACUAAAUGAUAAAGAUAUAACAAUAUUUACUUAUAAUAUAUAUUUUUAUCAGUAUAGUUAAAAAAAUAGAACCUACGUGA